CGUCGCGCCAAAAACCACACAUUGUUCACCCGUCCUCGCAGGCCUGUCUCACCAAUCGCCCGCAGGGCCAUGUUUGGGCUUUGUAAACCAUCCUUCCGAGCUGCGUCGGAACUUUGCGAGCCCGUGUCUUUUUUUUUGAGAGAGUCAAGGAAGUCCGGGGGGCCCCGUGGGCGUCCUCCGCGCGCCUCGGCGAUGCACAAAAGGCGAUCCCACACCAAGUCACGGAAGGGAUGCACCAAUUGUAAGAAGAGACAUGUAAAGUGUGACGAGCAGGGUCCUCCGUGCGCCGCUUGUAUGGCCAGAGGGACCACGGACACAUGUGCAUAUCAGACGAAGCCGUCCGAUGCAAGGAGCGAGGGACAGGCGCGCAGUGCGACGACGACGACGACGACGACGACGACACCGUCCGCCACAGACGCGGAGUCGUCGUCUCGGUCAGACGGGCCGCAGAUGGAGGAGUCGGAAGCGCGCCGGCUUCUCGAGCUGCGACUGAUGCACCGGUGGAUGACGCACACGUGGAAGUGCAUGCACGGCCUGGACGAGGACGCCGAGUUCCUGAUCGAGCAGCUGCCCCAGGCGAGCCUCAGGUACGAGUACCUGCUGUACGGCACGCUGGCGCUGUGCGCGGCCGACCUGGCGAUCCACGGCGAGCAGACGACGCUGCGGGCGCGCGGGCCGAGCUUCUACCUCGCGACGGCGAUGAGCUACUACGACCUGGCGAGCCAGGCGCUGCGCCCGCAGCUCGCCAAGCAGGACGCCGACGCCCACGUGUGGGUGUACAUGACGACGGUGAUGCUCACGACGCUGCAGAUGGCCAUCGCGCAGUGCCUGGAGGCACGUGGCGGCCGCGAGCCUCGGCCGUCCAUGAUCGAGCGCCUGGGCCUCAUCAUCGACCUGUCCGCAGGGAGCGGCUCCGUAGCCCUCUCGGACUCGUUCUCGCUCUUCUCCGGCGCGGGCGGCAGCAUGAUGCAGAGGGCGGCGGAGCUACUCGGCGGGCCGCCCCCGCCGUGCGUCGAGCCGGCCUUGCAGGCCGUCAUCGACCAUCUGCAUGCCGUCGUGAGCGACCCGUCCGCCCCGGACGCCGAGCCGCUCGCACCGCAGUACCGGCCCUGCUACGCCCUCGUCGCCAGACUGCUCGAGCUUAGCGUCCGCGAGGAGUCCCGCCGCCAGAUCAGGGGCACUUGCGUCAGCGUCCCCAUGUACUGCGGACGCGACUUCUACGCCGCCGUCACCUCCUCCCAGCCCACGGCGCUCUUCCUGCUCAUCAUCUUCGGCGCCCUCGUCGAGAUCGGCGCGAGGGACGGCUUUUGGUGGGCCAACCACUUCGGUCCGGGCCUGGUUCAGGAGUCCUGUCUGGCCAUGGCGAGUGCCUAUCCCGACUGCAUGCGGAGGCCACACUGGCGGGAAGGUAUAGCUUGGGCGAGGGCGGAAGCCGGUCUUCCUCCCUUGGCUCUAUGAUGCUCCCCCCCCCCACGGCGAACCCGCAGCCCGUGUUCCUUUCCGUAGCAAAUAGCCGACUGCAUUGUUGCGGCUCCAUCUGCUUGUGCCCUUUCUCCCCACUGUCCGGUUUCUAUUCACGUUUCAUUUCUCGCCUCCUGCAGCUACAUACAAGAUACCCCAGCCGAACUAGGCAUUUCCCAAUCGACGUUUCAAAUAUCCACCCUCAGCAUGCUACAUGCCGUAAAGUGGUGCAAAUCGGGAGAAAGUGGCAGGUUUGAACGGAGACAAUCUGAGAUAUGGAUCGAUAGCUUGAUUCAGAGAAUUAGAUAAAAAGAGAAGAAAAAGAAAGCGAAUCAGAAGGAACGUUUCUACGACGAUGGAGGGAAGAGUAUGUAACCUCGUGUCCGCCUCCCCUUGUG